AUGGAGCGCACCUUAAAUGCUGUGUCGACUGCAAAUGCGUCGCCUCGAGACUUACGGCCUCUGAUUCUAUGCGGCCCUUCAGUACUAGAGAAGGAUGCCCUCAUGCGCAAGCUCUGGGACUUCUUACCUGACUCCUUUGCGAUCGCCCCACACCAUACCAUGUCCAGACCGCCCGACGGACAAACCAGCUCGAAUAGUCACUACCACAUAUCCUCCGAUGAAUUCCUCAACAUGACCUCCAGCGGCGAAUUCGCCACAUAUAAUACGUACGGUGACCACUCCUUGGGGGUAUCGAGGCAAACCAUUGCGGCGGGGUCAGCAACGGGGCGCAUAGUGGUUAUGGAAGUCGAUAUGCGUGGCGUUGAGCAGCUAAAGGCCAUCCCUGGAUUCGAUGCUCGAUACGUAUUCAUCAUACCGCCAAGUCUUGACGUCUCUGAGGCCCGUCUGAGGGCAAGCUAUUCAGGGAUGGAAACUACAAGAAUCUACGAGCCCCUGAGGCGACUAAUGGCGGAGCUGGGUAAUCCUCACGUUACCGAGGAAGUGAAGGAAGCUGAGCUAGUAUAUGCUCGCGUUCCGGGGGUAUAUGACUUGAUUCUCCGAAGUGAAAAUCUCGAUAGAGCUUUCCAAACGCUUGUUAAUUAUAUUCAUAGCUCUGAUUAA